UCUAGAGAGGCGACAUGAAGAUGUUUUGGGUCGCGACACCGGCUUUCCCUCCUCGGGUUCCUCGUCGUCGUAUUCUGUCUUGCUAGCGCCUUCCUCCUUGUCGUGUUCCUUCUCUGUGCCGCCAUUCGUCUGUGUUCGUCGAAACCUUUUCAAUAGGGAGAUCAUGACUAUGAGGUGGAUUAUCCGGGAUGUUACGGCGGCUGAUAGUUGGUGUUUUGAAAACAAAAUCGGAAUGGGGGAUGAUCUGGAUUCACUGAUCGAUGAGGUUGAGGCGAAUUUCUGUGCUAAGAAGAGGGUCGAGGGCGGACGAUCUGGAUUGAGCAAGCGAGAUGAGGGUGUGAAGAAAGAUCGCCUGGAGGAUGAGAUGGACGCAGUGCUUGAAGAUCUCAGUGCUGAUGACCAGACGAGCUGCAGUUCGACUUCAAAUUGCAAUGCUAGGAAGGCAUCUGCAUCUAAGCCAACAGAUGGUCAAAAGAGCCAACAGAUCAAAUGUUUUCCGGUGUAUAUUGGAGGAAGUAGAACUGCACUGGGUUUGUCUAAGGCUGGCUUGGAGAGAGCUUGUGACAAGCUGAGAUGUACAGCCUGUGACUUUAAGGUUGUUGCUGUUGAUGAUCAUGAGUGGCAUCAAAGCAGUGAUGAUCUCUUCUUUCGUAACAAUGUUCCUGAUCUUUUAAAACUGAAACAAAAUCUUGUCAGAAAAUCAGGUUGUCGAGCCUAUGCAUGCCAAUGUAACUGGCGAUCUGUUUCUCGAUUAACUCCUUUAUCAUCAGAACAUUCUUUGUUAUGGGUUUGUGGUAAGCAUUAGGUGCAGUGGCUUAUGAGUUGUAUAUAGUUAUUUGCCAAUGAUUGUUUUAAUCAAAUAUAUUACACUUGAUGAACAGCUUUCAAUGGCUUGUCACUCAUUUAUAUGACUUAACCAGCAAGCUUGCUACAGAAUUUGGUACAUCAGGCCUUCUUGUAUUGCUGGUUGAAAACAGGGAAAAUAGACAUCAUGAUUUGCAAGGGAUUAUGGUGACAAUACACAAAGUAAGUUGCAGUAUAGACAAGCAAGGCACACACUAGAUGAUACAAAAUAUUUGAAGACCACAUCAUUUCAUUAUGGUAUCACAUGAAAUGGAUAAGGUAUGAUAUCAUACCUUGGAUGGAGGAAAGUCUAGUUUUUCAACGAUUCUGCCUCCUGUCUACCAAUUGUAUAAGAAGGUCAAUCAUCUUGUUUAUUUGAUGGGUAAUCAAGGAAGUAUCAUCAAGUCUCGCAACAAUGGCCCUGUCUCCUCUGCUGCCAUGUACCAUAUGGUUGUAUAUAGCACAACAAGCUAGGUAAAAGAACCAGAAUAAGCAUCAGUCCUUAUUUCAACAUUUUAGAAAGAGGAGGAAAGGCAAAAAACAAUCAGAAGAGGUCGUGUAACUCUUCUAUCCUUUAGAAGACUGUAAGAGCAGUUGGUGUCGGGAUGCAGGCAUUCAUUUCUGAUUCUUGUUUCAUUUUUACUGAUGGAACUGACCAUACUUUACUCAUGCUGAAAGGAAUUUUUUGUGGUAAGCUGAUUAUUCUGUUCAAAGAGGGAAUUGAGUCGCAAAGUAUGAGGAACUAAUUCACAGUUCAGAAAUCAAUCAUCAAUGAGUGCUUCUUUAGAGGCUUCCUUAGAAGCAGUUGAAUUAGGACAAGAGGAAUGAUAUAUUUAUUGUCGAUUCUAUAUCUUCGUUAGGCGAGAAAGAGGUGACUACUUUAUAUUUGAAGAUUAGAGGUUGCUUUAUAUAUUGUCUGUAUAGCAUAUGGUAUUUUGCUUUGAGAUCUGUUGCUGGUUUUUAAAGUAUGUUCUGUAUCUAUGUUGAAGAUGUAUUACAAUAAAUGACAGAGGGC